CCUGCCCGACGAUACGGUCGCUUCGUUGGGGUGUGCGUUCGCGGUUCGUGCCCACAUCCGGUUUCUUUUUUUUUUCUUCUCGAACCCGCGAGAUUAUCGAACCCGUUCGAGGAACAUAUAUCGAUCUCCCGUUGCUUACUUCUUCCCGGACGCGCUUCCGGCGCGUAUAUAUAUAUAUAUAUAUAUAUAUUUCUUGUCGAGGGAAAAAGUGGGCGCGCUGCCAGGACAAUACCGGAAGAGAGCACGUGCAUCCGUGCGAAAGAGAGCCGAAGGGUCGAGCGCGCUCGAGGGCUCGCGCCCUUUUAUCCCCCUCUUGGAAGCUCGCGCUGCCGACAAGUAACAGAUUACACGACGACGCGUCGCAGAGACGUCCCGCGUCACUUUGAGAGCGAGUGAUAAUCGCGGGAGAUGAUUUCGCGGCAGGAGGGCGAGCCGCACGGCUCCAAUUGCCGUCAAACAAGAUUCCACAUCUCUGUCACGGAAAUAUUGUGAGCCGAGGUCCGCGAUUGUGAAUCAGCAAAGAGUCUUUAUGCCGGCAGCCAGCGCCGAUCAGCAGGAAGUGACGAGAGACGCGAUCGGGACUUAGGGAUCCCCUGUUUCCUCCAUUGAGAAUAAGCGGGAUCGAAACAGAGCCGUCAGGAUGUUUUCCAACAACGCGUUAAAAUCCUUCAUGAAGAAGAUGAAUGUGAUGACGCAACCGGAAGCCGGUGCGUCGGAGUCGGCUACGCCGGAAGAGAGUGGAAAAACCUUGAGCAGAUUGCUAGGAAACAUCAUGGCGACUGGAAACGUCGCGAAGCCGGCCAAGGUCACCCCGGUGGAGGAUAUUCAGCCCAAAGAGGAAUCCUCCACAAUUGAAUCUCUAAAACCAAAGUCGGAAACGGGCAAGAGUAGCGGGGACGACUGCAGAGUGUGCCGGAAGUCGUUCGGUCCCGAGGAAGUCUCGCGAACUUGUUGCGAGUGUCAACACAAGGUCUGCGAGGACUGCGCCUCGUAUUCAACGACAACGAAUUCUGACGAUCCAUCUUCCUGGCGAUGUAGCGUUUGCCGCCGAAAGAUCGCCUCGAGGGACCAGCCGAUAGUGACACAGGAAUCCACGGAUUCCCUGCUAGACGUGCCGAUUUUGGAGGCUCUCCAAAGGAGGCACAGCGACGCCAGGCUCGGACCCACCGGAAGUCAAAUAGGUGCACUCGGAAGCGGGUUGGCUCCACCGCGAAGCCCGGAAAUCCGAAGGCAUUCCGACGUUUCGCCGGCAAGUCUCAAGGAAUUGGAGAAGUUUCGAAAGGUUGCAGGGGAACGGCAGAGAGAGGAAGCAGCGACGUCGUUCAAAUGGGAGCGCGACAUGGACCGGAAGAGCAAGUCUAGGGGUGGCUCGCCGGAUCGCCAUCAGGCUUCCGACAGAGGGAGAGCGACCAGCCCUCAGAGAGUCAUGCCGGCGCAGACGGGCGCGAUCGAACCGGAAGGCGGCGAUCCGGAGGACGAAGAGGAACGUCGGCGACGCGCUCGUCGCGGAGGAGGCACGGUUCGCCGUAAAUCUCGAGUGACCAGACAAAGAUCCUACGACGAUGAAAUUAAGACGGCGGCCGCGAUGGCCGGCGGUGGCGCGCAGCCCACGCAUCCAGACACCGGUCUGGGACUUCCGGUCCAGCUACCGAGACGUGCGUCUGCCUAUGACGUUUACGCCGUGCCCGGAAGCAGCGGCCUCAACGCGAUGGCCAUCGCCGCCGCUCAACAGAGAGCUUCCAUCUCGGGGCAAGGCGCCCGAGAACCUGAAGAACGACCCGUAGCGCGCAGACCUUCCUUUCGCGCCGUAAAACCGGUGAUGCCCUACGAGGUCGCGGCUGACGACGAGAAGAUGAUUAAGCUAGAUUCGUCAUCCGCACCUGCAGUGGCACCGCCUGUAACUCCGCCCGUUCUUGUACCCGACGAGGAGAGACGUAAUCGGCGAAGGGGCUCUCAACUACCUGAUAUAAAUGCGAUAAGGGCGUUGACAUCAGCUCAACCAGGAACGGUGAAAGGCGCCGCUCCACCGGCUGUUAGCAGAGUCGCAGCUGAAGAACGCGAAUUGCCUAGACAGGGCAGUCUAGCUGAUGGGGAAGGCAUUAAGAUCGUCAUUCAUGACGUCGACAGUGAUCUUGCUCCACGGAUGAAUGCGAAGAGGAGAGUGAAGCUGAGGAGAGAUCCGGUCAUGGAUAAAGGACAUAGAACGCGCGGAUUUGGCAUGAGAGUGGUGGGUGGUAAGACCGGGUCGGACGGCCGCACCUUCGCGUGCAUCGUGUGGACCGUGCCGGGUGGCCCUGCCGAGAAAGCCGGCUUGCAGCAAGGCGACAAGGUGCUAGAAUGGUCCGGUGUAUCUCUUAUCGAUCGGAGCUUCGAGGAGGUGCAGCAGAUAAUCGAGCGAACCGAUGACGUAGCGGAAUUGGUGGUGGAGCAUGCAACCGAUAUUACCGGAGAUUUGCUAGACGAUCCGCAAGCUGGAAAAACACCUACAAAUUUGGGCCUUCUGAUGGAAACCGAAACGGACAAAACGCCUUCGUCGCCGACGCGCAGGAAACUGCCAAAGACGCCGGAACAAAUAGAAAAAGAGAGACAGGUGACUGGUCGCAUACAAAUCCAGGUUUCGUACGAAGGCGAACGAAAAGAAUUGGUUGUUUCGGUUUUUAUGGCCGACGACUUAUGUGCUCGGGAAGAUGAUGGAUUCGGCAUCUUGCCGGAAGCUUUCGCCAAGCUCAUCCUUGCCCCACCAUGCGGCGAUGCAGCUCCGCUAAAGACUAUCGUGGCUGAGCCGACCCAGAAACCUAUCUGGAACGCUACAUUGUUCUUUACCGGAGUUGAUGGCGAGAGCCUGAUGGAACGUGCGAUCGAGGUGACUCUCUGGGAUUACUGUCCUGAUGGUGAUAAUGUGUUUCUCGGUGAAUGCACUGUCGAUGUUCAGCGAGCGCUUGAAAAUGAUCGAGCGGUUUGGUAUCGAUUGGAAGAUCCACGCGGGCUUAGAACAGGCAAAACGCCGUACUGCUCGCCACGCGGUUCGUUAUCGACGGACAUCGCUCAACGAUUGCUGAGGAAGGAGUUGCGGGAUCGUAGCUACAGCGACGACACGCAGAGUGACAGUGGCAGCCCGGAGUUCUGCUUCCUGCAUCCGGAUCACGCCUGGCAUGCCAAUUCCAGACGCGGCUCAAGCCAGUCCGAACAGCUCGAGGUCGAGCCCUACGAGCUCAGCCGGGAUUACAGCAGAUCUCUGCCGGGUAGCCGCAGAAGCAGCUUCCAGAGUCAGGGCGGCACAGAUAGCAAACGUGGAAGCAUGGGCGAAGCCGACCUGCCUCCCAUACAUUACAAUCGUGAUCGUCGGCGUAGCUCGUUCACAAGACCGAUGAGGGAUCCUGAGGAGAUAAUGGAGGGUCUGCGAACGCUGAAGGCGGCCAAGGGUGAGCUCAAUAGGACCAUGAGCCUUACCGGCGACAAGAGACGCGGCAGCCGGCGGGGUGAGCGCAAAGACAGCGUCAUGGAGAUUCCUGAGAAAUUUUAUGAUCGAAAUAGCGAAUCCGACGAAGACGAGAAAUGGAGUCAGUCGGCGAGAAAUGAAAACGGCGUCGACCUGAAACUGGGUCGCGGACAGGUGUUACCGAAAGGAUAUAAAAUAAUAAGUGGCGCGCAAAACGGCGAAGUGCAGCUGGGCUUCUACCUCUGCAAGGGAGCUCUCGAAGUCGAAGUUAUCUGCGCAAGAGACAUCUGUCUCGAGGAGAAGGAGGAGCCAGAUACUUACGUGAAAACGUACUUGCGAGAACGAGAUAGCGAUAAGUGGCUGCAGAAGCGCAAGACUCGCGUGGUACGACACUCGAAGAAUCCGCAGUAUCGGCAGACGCUGAAAUACGGUCGCUGCGACGUCAUGCAGGGCAGACACUUGCUGGUAAUGCUGUGGGAGAAGAAGCAGGCCUUCGAGAGCAACCAAGGAUUGGGCGGCGCCGAAGUGAACCUCGAUGUAAUGCCGCCGAAGGAAUUUAUUUUCGACUGGUAUCCGCUCUUCCCGAUUCACACCCUCGGCUCGCACAACGCGGACUCGCCAUGAUGGCUAAGGGAAAAGUGGGCCCUCGAGGCCGGCGAACUCGACCUCAGACUGAGCCUUUUGCUCAAGGACGAGGGCGAGUCCGUCGUCAAGAUUAUCUCUUGAUGGAAAUCGUGGCUGAUCAUGUGCUGGCUGAUGACUCUCGAUCUCUUUACGAAAAUACGGCGUUUCUUAUUAUUGCGAGUUCUUGAGUACAGCGAUGAAACGUAUGUUGUUCCAAAAGAUGAGUUUGUCAAUAACGAAGUCCGAGUCUUUCCGAGUCUUCUUACGAUUUAUUAGUCUUCAUUCAUAAUAUUAUGCGAAAUAUCGUUCGGACGAACAAAUAUUUUUCUUUUACUCAAUCGAGAUUAGCUGAAAAUUAUUUAUGUAUUAAUUCUAUUUUCUGCUAUAUACAUCUAUUUUUCUUUUGCUAUCAAGAGAUUAAGAAGGAACGUUAAACGAAUUGAACUGUGUAUUAAAUCGAUUGAUAAAGCAAAGAGAUAAUGAACGAUACAUAAAAGAAAGGCGUGUAUUUCUAAAAUAUCCUUCUUUAAAUAGAGUUUUAAAAAAUAUUAUUAUGAAGAGCAUGCAACUUUGAGAUUAUCAUAAAAAAUGAUUGGGAAAAACAAUCAAUGAGCAGAACGGAUCGAUCAUAUAUCGUUUGACAAACUUGAUCUGAAAAAAUAACGCGUAUCAUAUAACCAGAAGACAAUCAACUCCAGAUGGUUUUAUCGUAAUUGUUCAAGAAGACAAUCAAUUUCGAAAAUCAUAAAGAUGUAACACUUUUAAUUCGCGUUCGUGGAACGACGUCAGCGUAAACAUCGUCGCGUUUCGACUCGAUAAAAAUACAAAGAGAUGGUAAAGAGAACAGAAUAAGUUCCAUAGAACCGAGUUCCUUUGAUCAGCGCCUUUCGAGAUCCGCGAGUGCUUUUCGCGUCGGUAUUUCGUAAUGAUUUCAGCAAUAAAGGUGUACCUGCGCAAGUGUGUUUGCACAACAAUAUGAAAAAAGAAGAAAGAGAAAUUAUUUUUUGCAAUGAAUAACCGCAUACAGCCAUGUAUCCUGAUAAGAUGAGACAAGGGUCCAUUUUUUCCGAAACAAAUAUAUUUCGACGGAAACGUCGAUGACGAAACGAAACUCGACCGACAUCUGCCGCCGCAGGCGGUUUCAUCUGGUUGAUCCAGUCAGUGAUUCGAUCGAAUUUCGUACACUUUAAUUCAAAUAUCGAGGAUCAACAAGGAGCACUAAAGGCCAUUUGAUCCUCUCGCGUCGACGAGGUGCUUCCAGGAUUCGCGUUUCUAUUCAAAACGGAUGCAAAACAGAAAAUUUACAAUGUGAUAAUACAAACGAUCUCUCUGCUCUGAUAUAAUCGAUAUAUAAUUUUUCAUUAUAUUUCAUAUUCUGUUACGCUGAAAAAUCUGAGAGAUUUGCCACAUAUGCCGAUAUUAAUUUAUAUAUACAAAUGUUACAUCUAUAUAUUACAGUUGUAGGAUAAAUUAUAUAGAUUUAACAAUCGAUAAGAUUAUAAGAUUCGAAUUUUCUGUUCGCAUGCGAAAAAAAUGAUGAGGAUAGAAAACAGGCGAAUCUAAUGGAAUAUCUCGAACGGCGCAAUCUGCUUUAACUUAAUGAUAGACAAUCGUUUCAAGGCUCGCUGGCCGAGCCGAUGACAGAAGAAAAAUGAAGAGCAAUUAGCUUGAGGUAGUGACGAGAGGAGCGGAUGAGAUGGAGAAGGAGUUCCAGAGGUAACUAAAAAAGUUUGCGGCCAACUUGAAUAAUAAUCAACCAAACUCGGUGUUUAGAAGUCGCACAAUUUUUGUAGCUCGUAGACUGAUAGCGAGACGAUCAGGCGGAUUUCCUCGACGUUUCUCAGAUCUAAUAUCGACGUCCCUUUUCGCGUAGCGAUCCCGAAGAUCACUCUGAUUUCACGAAGCAAUCUCGAAGAGAUUCGAUCGCGUGAAAAUUCAUAGAAAAUAUAAUAGAAGAAAAAGAUACGAGGAAAAUUCGAGGAAGCUCUCACUUCUUAUUUUGCUUCGAGAUAAUUUACGAUGAUCCUCGGGACGUGUCAAUGUGAAUGUUUAAAUCCCACGUACAAUGUCUCGCGACGGAAUUAGGGGGCAGAAUGAAUUGUCCAGAAUUAUUGCGCUUACCCCGCCCGAAUAAUUAGUGCAAUAGAUAAACGUGAUAAUACCGUACACAUAUAUAAUUAAUUAAAAUGACCCGGCAGCACCCUCACGAUGUGUGAGUCAUAUAUCUAAACGGUUAAAAAAGGUUCACAGAUUUAUUAUUAUAUACAUAUAUCGAGUGUGGUGUGUGCGCAGAGAUGCAAAGAGACAGUAAUAAGACGGCGAUAUUUAAAUGAUGUGUAUAUGUAAUAACGUAAAACUCUUACGACGUCGGAUAAUCCGACGACGGAUCGCGUGUGACAUCCUAUAUAAAUGCAUUAUAUUAUUAUUACAUAACAUCUCUCUGUGCCGGAAAAUUGUAACGAGAAGGAUAAUCAAAAUGUACAUGUGUUUAAACGAUACGAUGUAAGGAUAAGUCAUUAUCCCAUAUCACACAUUAAAACUCGAUGUUAACGAUAUGUAGAUGUUUAAGGGAUGUCAACGAAAGUUCUCGAUCGAAGAUUUAUUUUCGCAAAUCGAUGUUGAAACGAAAUUCUUAACGACGAUAUAUAGGUAUACAUACGUGUGCAGUUCUUAUAUAUUCUCUCGCAGUUGCAUUAUUAACAACGUUUGCGUUCAUCUUACAUUUUUGUAAAUAUUCAGAUCGGUAGAUUUUAUUUUGUUCAACGUCGGAUCUUUAAGAUCCAAUCGAUUCGAACGAGUCUUGCAAAGAUUUCAUUGAGGCGAAUAUUUCAAUCGCGAACGCUUAUAUAAGCACAUCCGAAGAAAGUAAUUUUUUACUUAAAAAACGCAGAACGCGACAAUGAGCAAGAUCGACAUAUAUGAGAAGAGAAGAAAUAUUUUUAAUCACUUGAUUAGGGCUGCUUAUCCUACUUUUUGUCGAUAUAUAAUCGCUUCUCUCAUCGGUCUCUCGCGCCUCGAAAACGGCGACAAGUCUCGCAAGAGUCAUAAACGAGACAGACACGGUUGUGCCUUUGCGAGAAUUACCGCAGAUUAACAAAAUAUCUCUCACGUGAAAUCAAUCUACUCGGCCUAGAAACACAUAUCCGACGUUAUUAAUAUAUUGGAUUCGAAUUCGAAUAUUGCCAAAAUGACGUAUACGCAUUAUCUCGUGAAGUAGAGAGACCUUGUAGCCUCCGUUUAUUAGAUUCAAUAUAAUACUCGUAUAUUAUUAUUGAAAGUAUUUUCAUUGAUUUGUUUCGCGAAUAGAAACGAUACGUUUGACGAAUGACAAUUCAAGAUGAAGAAAGGCGGGAGGAAGUAAGUUUAAAAUACUUAGUAAAAGCUUAACAAGCGACGAUGUGUACAUAAACAGAAAGUACAAGCGCAAACAAAUCAAGCAAAAACGAUAUUCGUGGCGAAGGUAAUGAAAAUCGAUGGAACUUUCGACGAAGAUGACAAAAUUCAUUCAGACAGACGUGUUUCGCCGAAAGUCUCAUAUGAAGAUUAUCGCAUGGACAAUCUUCUCGUAUGAAUGCAAUCAUCUACACUUUAGAUGAAGGAUUUCUUCUUUAUAAAUAGCUGAGCGUGUUCUAAGCUCGUUUUCUACUAGCCUUCGAAGUGACCUAAAAAUUACUAUUACUACUACGAUCGUGCUAGCUAUCGUUACACUGAACAAAAUUCGUUAACUCGAAUAAACCUUUGAAUUAAAUAUUAUUUUGUUAAUUGAACACGUAAAAAUAUUUAAAUUAAA